AUGCAUUUUAGAGGUUUAUAGAAUUUAGGAAAUACUUGCUAUAUGAAUAGUUUUAUUCAAGCCUUGCAUCUUUGCAGUGAUUUCAGAUAACAAGUAUUAGAUUUUGAAAUUAACAGAAUCGCUUAGUAAUUAUAAGAUUACACUUAAAAUAAACAACUUGGAAACAAACCAAAUGUAGGUUUAUUAUUGUAAUUAUAAUAAUUAUUUGCUUUUCUUUCAUUUUCUGCUAGAGAAAGCAUCAAUCCUAUCCGAUUUAGAAUGACCUUACCAGAUUAAUUUAAAAACAAUUACAAUUAACAUGAUGCUAAUGAAUUUGGAAAAAUCCUCUUAGAUGAGAUUGAGACUAAUCUUAAAAAACUCAAAAUCUAUGAAGUAAACUAUUUAUACUAUUUAGAAUUUAAUAAAAGAUUCUUUUUAAGGCUAAAUAGAAUGGACAAUUGAAUGUUUAAAUUGCAAUUAAAUAUUCAAAACAUAGGAAGACAUCUUAGAUUUAAGUUUAUCAAUCCCUAAUACAAAUUCAAUCAAACUUGAAGAAUUGAUUGAAGAAAAUUGUAAACCUGAGAUUAUGGAUGGUGAUAAUUAAUAUUAAUGUGAUAAUUGUAAUUCAAAAACUAAUGCUAAAAGACAUUUCACAAUUAAGAAAACUGCUUAGAAUUUUAUUAUUACGCUUAAUAGAUUUGAUUUCAAAUAUUCAGGAAACACUAAAAUCUUAACAAAAGUUGAUAUUCCUAAUAAAAUCCAAAUAAAUUAACAAAGUUUAUUUUUAUAAGCAGUAAUUGUUCAUUCUGGAGCUCAAAUUAAUUAUGGACAUUACUUCACUCUUUCUAGAUAUACUUUAUUAAAUGAUGAAUAAAUAUGUAGAUAUCCUUGCAUUUAAACUGCUUUAUAGAAUUUGUAUGUCUAAUAGACUCCCUAUAUUUUAUUUUAUAAAACUGAUUAUCCAUAUUAAGUAGCAAAGAUUAAGUAAAAUUUUUUGAAGAAUAUUAUUGAUCAGGAUAAUUAAAACUAUAUGAAUUUGAAGUAAUAAAAUUAAUAACAAUAAUAAUAAAUGAUAGUUUAAAAUUAAUAAACUUUCAACUAAAAGAAUGAUGAUGAUGACGAUGAUUAUGGAUAAUAAGGGAAUUAAGGAGUACAAAAUCGUAUAAUUUUUUGA